UCAGCCAUGAGCAGGAGAAGGAAUGAUUGACACACACACACAUUCUGGUAUGUAUCCUCUGUUCUGAGCAGUGGAAACAGUUCACACUAGUAAGAACAGUUGUUUGGAUAACCCCUGCCUGUUCAGUGAGGAGAGAGAGAGAGAACGAAAGAGAGAACACGAGAAAGAGAGAGAGAACAUAGAACAGAGCAGAGACCACACGUCCGGCACGAGUCUCCCUUUCCUCUCUGCCUCUACUGCGUCUCCUGGGCAAGCAGCCAGAAAGACACUGCCUCCGUUGGAUCCUGAAAGAAAACAAGCUGAGGAUACCGCAGCGCUGCCUUAGACAGAAGGACAACAUUUACGGCAAGACUUUGGAAGGAUUAGCAGCAGUAUACGUUUUCCUUCAUUUGCUCAGACAGAAAGAAGAUACAACAUUCCUAUCACAAGAAGGACAAGAGGUACUGACUGUACAGACAAACAGAGUCGGACAGACAGAUGGAGAACAGCAGUGGUCAUGCAGCCGUGACUGUAACAGCUGGAGUGCUCUCUCCCUCGCCUGAAACAGUUGCUUUUAAGAGCUGCAUUCCUCACACCCUCUCAUUCAGAAACUAGUAGUCGUAUAGGAUCUUCCCUUUUAAAGAGUGACACAAGACUGCAGUAGUCCCUACAGAACAGUACAGGCUUUAGGAGAGCAGUUGAAGGACACAGUGGAUUGUGAGUUACCUGUGGUCAGAGACUGGAUUACUGCCUUUUCAUACAGAGGAUAGUUGGAGGAUGAUACUGCAUAUCUGAUUCAAUAUAACAGACCCUGGUCAUAGAACCUGGACUCCCCCGGUUGGAUAUUUCCUACUCUUCCCUUGGACUUAAGUGUUGAUUCACUCUGGAUUGGCUUACUCCCUGCUUAGUGACCGUGUGUGUGUGUUUGUGUGUGUGUGACUGAUUGUGUGUAUGUGUAUCAGGAUGGAGUGUGUGAGGAGUGUGUUUCUGAUGAUGUGUGUUUUCCUGUGGAGCUCAGCACACUCAGCCCAGAGUGUCUACCCCAGGAUACGACUCUCCCAUAAAGAGCUAUGGGAGUUGAACAGGACAUGGGUGUUCCAGGGACCAGGUCCCUCCCUGCAAACCCAGACCAUGAUGUUGGACGAGGCCCACGAGAGGCUGUAUGUAGGGGCUAAGAACACCCUGUACUCCCUCAGCCUGGAGAGAGUUAACCACCAACACAGAGAGAUUGACUGGGCCAGCUCUGAGUCACAGGUAGAAGAUUGUAUGCUGAAGGGUAAAGAGAAGCCAGAGUGUGCUAACUACAUCAAGGUGUUGCAGCAGUUUAACACAACACACCUGUUGGCCUGUGGAACAGGAGCCUUUAACCCUCUCUGUGCCACCAUCAGGGUGGGACACGCAGGACAGGCCAGACAGUUUGAGCUGGAGGAGCAGAGUGUAGAGAGUGGAAGAGGGAGAUGUCCCUAUGACCACAACAUUCCCGUAACCUCCACCCUGGACAGAGGAGAGCUAUAUAUUGGCCUGUAUACAGACUACUGGGAAAAUGAUGCAGCUCUGUGUCGACUGAACAACCAAAGCUACACACGCACUGAGAGAGACAACAGACAACAGCUCAAUGAGCCUAAGUUCAUUGGGUCGGUGGUGAUUCCUGAUAACGAUGACAGGGAUGAUGACAAGGUCUACUUCUUCUUCACGGAGAGAGGGAUGGACGCAGAGGGGGUUAACAAGGCUGUUUACACUCGGGUGGGACGGGUCUGUGCGAAUGACCAGGGAGGUCAGAGGAUGUUGGUGAAUCGUUGGAGCUCCUUCCUAAAGACCCGUCUCAUCUGCUCUGUGGCUGGACCCAACGGCAUCGACACACACUUCGAUGAGCUGGAGGAUGUAUUUGUGUUGAAGAACAAGGAUGAGAAGAAUCCAGAGAUAUUUGGCCUCUUCAGUACUACAAGUGCUGUGUUCCAGGGCUAUGCAGUGUGUGUGUACCACAUGGAUGUUGUGCGAGCAGCAUUCAACGGCCAAUUUGCACACAGGGAGAGACCAGAGCACCACUGGACCCCAUACAAAGGCCGGGUCCCCUACCCACGCCCCGGAUCUUGUGCCAGUAAGGUGAACGGUGGUGGGUUCUCAGGUUCUAAGGAGUUCCCUGAUGAGGUUCUGCGUUUUGUGCGUUCCCACCCCGUCAUGUCCAGCCCGGUCCUGCCCCUCCACAAGAAACCUGUCCUACUGCAGACGGAGCCAGGAGGGAGGAGACUAACCCAGAUUGCUGUGGACCGCGUCCAGGCCCAGGAUGGACACUACCACGUCCUGUACAUAGGCAGAGACGACUCUGUUGUGUUGAAGGUUAUCAGCAUCUACAACAAAGACACAGACACCAUAGAGGAAGUACUACUGGAGGAACUGCAGGUGUUCAAGGUCCCUGUGCCAAUAACUGAGAUCAUCAUAUCUGCAAAACGACAACAGCUCUAUGUGGGUUCUGAGGUGGGUGUGGCUCAGGUGAGGCUCCAUCAAUGUGAACUGUACGGGUCAGAGUGUGCCGACUGUUGCCUAGCCAGGGAUCCUUACUGUGCCUGGGAUGGACUCACCUGCUCACGAUACUACCCUGUUGGGGUCUACACCAAGAGCAGACGAUUCAGACGACAGGAUGUUCGCCAUGGCAACGCUGUACAGCUAUGCAAUGGGCUGCAGAUUGAUGGGGAGAAGUACCAGGGUGUGGAGGAGAGGCAGGUGUAUGGGGUAGAGAAUAACAGUACUCUACUGGAGUGUACCCCUCGUUCUCUACAGGCCAGAGUUCUGUGGUACAUACAGAGAGGUCCAGACAGAGAGAAGGUCAGAGGUGAUGAGAGUGUAGUCAUAACGACCCACGGGCUGUUGUUCCUGAUUGUGCGGAUUGGGGACGCUGGCAUGUACGUGUGUCAGACGGUAGAACACGGCUAUGUCCACACCCUACUGAGGGUAACGCUUCAUGUGCUGGGAGGGGAGAGGGUCAGUGCCCUGAUACACAGGACAGGGGAGGAAGGAGAGGAAGAAGGGGAGACCACAGCAACCUCCUGUCACCUUCCCAUAGAUUCCCCUCCAGACCUCCACACUGGUUCCAACUCUGACCCCACUUCCAGACUACCAGGAGCCCUACCAGGGUCCUCCCUAGCCCCCGCUCCAGCUCCAGGCCCUACCUCUCGGCUGUGGUACAAGGAGUUCCUCCAACUUAUAGGAUAUCGAGAUACACAGCGGCUGGAGGAGUACUGUGAGAGGGUCUGGUGCUCAGAGAAAAGACGCAGGAAGACCAAACUUAGAUACACCCAGCCACUGGGAAGAGGAGAGAGGAGGGCAAGGGGGAGGGGAGAGCCUCACAGAACCCCCAGACACACCAUGGACACCUGAGAGGAGGGAGAGAGAGGAUAGAACAACCACACACACACAAUGGGCCAGUUUUUUGUUGUUGUAGAGAAUACUACUUCCAAACUAAGCUAAAAACGUGACACUUUCUUUUUUUAGACUUUACCGUAACGUCUUCUUCCUUCUUAUAACCAUAUUACAUGUUAUGUUGUGUUUUUACCUUUCCUUGUUUCUGCUGUAAUCUUUGCCACUGGUGCCAAUGCUGAGUGUCCGUCAGAGGGAAGGCACAUAGAACACUUGAACUAUUUAUAACAACGUGGCCUUAAGACCACAGUGCUGACAGCUUCUCUGAACGGACAUAGUACAGAAGAUUCAUAGCCAUCCCAGCUGAACCCACAGAUAGCGAACAUUCAAACCGAUUCCUCAGAAAUAAAAUGUUUCUAGAUAUACACUUGAGCUGCUCGCGUUCAAAACCACUGGUUAGAAAAUACACGUUACGGUAAAUACAUUAUUUUUUUGCUUUGAGUUUAGUAGUGGUUUAGAACUGAUUAAUUAAACUGGACAUUGUACUAUAUUAUUGUUUUACUGUAUAGUUGGUAAACUUGAUGAUGUACGCAAGUAUUUCCUACUAUACUUUGUCAGUUAGUUUGGUGUGACUUGUCGGAGAUUGAGGAGAUCUAGAUGAUUUGACAUCAUUGAAUGAUUACAGUAACGCAAAACUGUGUCUGCGGAUCCGAGAAUAGCAUCCGUAAUAAAUACCACGGAACUUAACAUUUGAAAACAACAAUAAUCGUUUUCAUAAUGUACUAUUGAUGAUGGAAGAGGGAUUAUAUAACAUUUUAUAGACUUACCCCUCAAUAAAAGUUAUAGAUACUUGAUCUGGGCCAUUAGAAAUCGAAUUAUAUCCACAGUGUAUCUCAACACAUGCAUUUUCUCUUCAAUAAAUGGCCAACUUAAAUAUGAACUGCAAUCAACUGGUAGUUAUAGAGUUGGUUGAUUAGUAUUCAUAUCAGCUGUCUAUUUCUCUCUCUCUCUCUCUCUCUCUCUCUCUCUCUCUCUCUCUCUCUCUCUCUCUCUCUCUCUCUCUCUCUCUCUCUCUGUCUCUCUCUCUCUCUCUCUCUCUCUCUCUGUCUCUCUCUCUCUCUCUCUCUCUCUCUCUCUCUCUCUCUCUCUCUGUCUCUCUCUCUCUCUCUCUCUCUCUCUCUCUCUCUCUCUCUCUCUCUCUCUCUCUCUCUCUCUCUCUCUCUCUGUCUCUCUCUCACUCUCUCUCUCUCUCUCUCUCUCUCUGUCUCUCUCUCUCUCUCUCUCUCUCUCUCUCUCUCUCUCUCUCUCUGUCUCUCUCUCUCUCUCUCUCUCUCUCUCUCUCUCUCUCUCUCUCUCUCUCUCUCUCUCUCUCUCUCUCUCUCUCUCUCUCUCUCUCUCUCUCUCUCUCUCUCUCUCUCUGUCUCUCUCUCUCACUCUCUCGCUCUCUCUCUCUCUCUCUCUCUCUCU